AUGGAAUCAUCAUCAUCAUUUAUUCCUGAUGGUCCAGGAGUUCCAGGUGGUCCAUGGGGAUUGUCAAAUAAUAAUAGUCCAAUGAUGGGACAAGGAAUGAUGCAUCAUAUACCUCAAUUUUUAAAAAGUGUCAGUCCUGAAGAUGCUCAAUCAUUUAUAGAUAUUAUGAAAAGUAAAACUAUGACAAAGAGUGAAAUUCAAACAGCUGAAGAUGCCUGGGCAGCAAAUAAAAAUUCAACUAUUCAGGCACUUUAUGGUGAAUUUAAGACAAAUAAAACAGCUAAGAUGAAUGAAAUGAAAAAUAUGGUAGAUCAAAAAAUUUCAACCUUAUCAACAACUGCACAAAAACUUGUAACAGACAUUGAAAGUAUCAUUUCUGAUACAAGCAUAACACGUGAAGACGAACAUCAAAAAAUAAAAACUCUUUUAGAUGGAGCAUCUGAUACAGACAAAGAAUCAAUUAAAAAUGUUUUACCACACUUUGGACCAAAAAUGGAUCAUGGAGGAAUGGAACCAAAUGGUGUUACUGAAACUGGAAAUCUAAUGGGACAAAAAUAA